AUGUCCAUCUUUGCUGGAAACGUCACUUGCAGGCAAGUCACAUCCAACACUGACAGUCUUUCACUCGCACAAGCCGGGGCAAACAGCCUCGUUCCAGCAUGUACAAGAUCGACCGUCAUGGCAGAGGCAGAAGCUCUACUGAAAGAUCUGAACAACAUGACCGCUGUUAACAUUGCUGCAGACUACCACGAGAUUUGGGAGCGACGCUCUCACCGCAUUCAGUCUGUCGUCAGACCCUUGGGUUCACGAGCGACGUACGACGAGACAAAGGCUCUCAGGGAUGUUCAGCUCAAGCUGCUUGAGCACAAAACGCAGAUCGUCGCUUUGUGCAAGCUUGACGACAAUGAGGACGACGAUGGACUCUUUGUUGCAGAACCAAGAAUACCGGAGGCCAUCAAAGUCGCAUUCUUCGCAGCGGAACAGAACAAGUCUCGCCUGCACAGCCCUGCACGUUCAGCCCAAGGUACGUCUACAUCGAAAGGCAGCUCCCUACGAUCACACAGCUCGUCACCAAGGGCUGGUCAGACCGGCUCAGAAGUCGUGGCAAGGCUGCUCAAGCGGUACAACGAUCGCAAAGGCGAUCCAGCUAACAAGAGCGUGGUUGCCAUCUGCCGAGGUCACCCGGACGACAUUGCCUACGACAACCUUCUUGUUUGCCUCAGACGGAAGAACGCCCCUGAGCUGAUCGAACGGAUCAACUCAUGUAGACCUCUGCACGAGCAUCUUAACCUUGGUCAGGUGAAGCAUCGCUACGAUCUCGCGAUCGCAAGAGUUUCAUCUGACAGGGGGAUGUCCGCGGCGGAUCUGAAGGGAUUGAUCAGUCGUGUGAGGAUGGCUAGACGGUUACCGCCGAUCGAAGAUGCUUUCGUCAGUGAGGCGACUAUCAUGAGGCGGGAGAGGGAGAGAUCUGGUGCUCAUGUCAUGUAUCGUGGUGGAAUAGCAUACUCGCAGUCAUAUUCGAUCUCAGCGCUUUUGUCCACGCUGGCGGAGGUCCCACUCUCAUGCAUCCGGCCCACCCUUGAGCUCGACGGAUCAGACGAUGACUUGGCACAGAUCAGCAUGAGUGGUACAGAGACUUUGAUGCCGUUGGAUGAUGGUCCAGCAGACCAUCGUGUAUUGCGGCAUCGACACGCCACGGCCCACAAUAUGACCUCCGCCUACAAUCUCAUCCAGCGGAUGCUCGACCAUCUCCGUUUCGACAUGACUCCGGACGAGCUCGAGCCGUACAUUGCGCAGCUUGACCGCACGCCCCAAGAGGCCGAAUUCGACCGCCAAAUGCUUUCCGCCUUCGGCCCCGACCGGACACCAAAUGUGGACGCAAUGACCAAGCUUCGACGACGGCGUUCGGUGCGCCAAAUGAUGGAUCGAGAUCAAAUCAGUCACAGCAUACCUUGCCCAGGCUACGGUUAUGCGUACGCAAAGUAUCCGCAUCAAUCAUCAGCGCCUCCACCAGGAUGCCGAGAGACCUGCAAGAUGUGCUCACGCUCGUUCCUGUGUGGUCUGAAAAUGGUGAGCCGCUCUUACGUCGCUUGCUUGACGGACUCUGCAGCACAGGCGAAGCUGGACAGCCUGAUGAGUGGCACCUUGGCGAACCUCGCGGAAGUCCGCAUGAAGUUGAGUAAAUUCGGCAACACAAUUCUCCGAAGAUGGCAGAAGAUGUCACGUCCGCAGCGCGAAGUACUGUUGCUCAAGGCAAAGCCGAACAUGUACCGCCAGUCCGGUGGCUAUAUCCGUGAAGCAGACAAGAGUUGGGCUCACGACAUCCGGCAUCGCGACCUGUAUCUCCUCCCUUGGCUCAAUGUGGAAGUCUUGGCCAAAGAUGCUUCCCUGCUUCCGGCACUGAUGCACUAUCGCUCAUCCUUCAGCCCCUGCGAUUUCGCAGAGUUCGACCACCAACAGAUCGACUACAGCUUCAGGCUGGACAUGCUCGCACUGGAAUACAAUCCUCAUUGCGUGACGAUGCAGGGCCAGAAUUUCGGCAAGCUGGUCCACUGGGACACUGAUGCCUUUCACCGUGCCGAUAUGACCAGCUUUGCUCGAGCGCUGCUGACCUUCGACGCCCAACACACGCUGUCGACAUUCCUAGCCAACGCAAUCACUCUGAUGAUGAAUCAGAGCAGUGGUCUGUGGCAGGAGAGCGGCCAGUCCAAGCUUCACAACCUCGUGCAGAACAGCGUGCUCUCGUCGAGCAAAUUGAUCACUGUAACCACAUUUUCCGGCACCCCGUUCUCGGCACCGCCAUCAUUCGACAUUGACAGUAUCGUGGACGCACUCCUGGGUCGACUCCGAGCCGCCGAAGAUGACCUGUGGCUCUUGCAAACGGACGCUGUAGUGGCGCACGAUCACAUCUCUCGCAUGAAUGGGUCUUUGGUGGACACCUUGCCCGAGAAUGGCUCGACUGACACAAAUGAUGUGAAGCUUGUCCGGCGGAUGAUGCUUGCUGUCUCUAUGGUUGAAGAUUGGCAGUAUGUCCUUGACGAAGCCACGAUCUCGCAAGCCACGAUCUCCGCUGGACGUAGCGAUGUCAACUUGGGACAAGCGCUGCCGAAGGCAUACGCUGACGCUCUUGCGAUACUUGAAUGGGUUCUGCAGAAGCAUCUUGAGACUCUCGCUUCCAAUGUUGGACUUCUCAUGAUUUCCUCCGGCGCCUUCAACAAGUUUGUGAGCUGGGCAGAGUCGGACCAAUAUGUCAUCGGUGCAACCCACAAAGAGCUUCUGAAAGAUCCGGUCUUUUUCCAUUUGAUUCACAUUCGCACAUACCACGAGGACAAUUCGUUGCCCUUGUCUUUCCACAUUCAACAGUUGGGGGAACAUCUGGAGAAGGCAACCGCCAAGGACAGCGCUCGAAUCGACAGCUUACUUUGGAACAUCGUCGAGGAUGUAGCAGUGGUGUAUGAUGCGCUUACCGCCGUGAGGCUUCAUCGACCUCGCGCACCCAUCCCAGCCGGUAUGACGAGUCCACUAGAGAUGGUGAAGUCUUCAAGAGGUCCAAGUAGGCAAGACCAGCUCGUUGCUUAUGAGUGGGCCGAGAAAACUGGAUCGCAAGCGAUGAUCGACUUUGUGAAGCGCAACGUGCUUCAGAUGAAGAUCCACCUCACACACAUCGCCGGACCACCGGAGUCUCAUCCAUACAACGACCUUAAGGAUACCCUGAAGAAGUUCCUCAGCCUGCCGUGUCCUUCGGGGAAAUCGACGAUAGAGACGCUGAUCGCUUUGGAUCGUUCAAAUUAUGCUCUUCGCAUGUUCUGGAUCAAUGUCGAGGAAUGGAGAUUCAGUCAGUUCGAGACGAUGCCUAGCUCCGCCGAAGAGCUCGAGUAUUACCAGGGCCGUAUUUUCGAUGGACUGAUGCCAUCGACUGGGCACCCCUGGCCUCUUGAGAGGCGCCGUUUGCUGGACGAGAUUAUGAUCAAGGAAUGCGCGCACGCUCUACGUCAAGUCGACAAAGUCAGCCUUCCGGAAACUCCACCGCAGACGGUGUGGGGCGAGGGGAAAGCUUCGUCCGAACCUGUCGCAGCGCCCAAGAACAAGAUCAGAGUUCGCGAGAGUACGUACGGCCACUCCAACGAGGCCGCCGAGCCCGAGAUCGAAAUCGAGAAGAAAGCCCAGGUGUGCAUCAAAGUCGGACAGACGGCAAUGAUCGUCUUCACUCGCAUGUUUAAGCCUGCGCCCGAGCAGGUGGAGACCAGAUGGACCGACUUUGCAUCAGCCAUGGCAGAUGCCGGAUUCUCCAUUCUACCCGGCGGAGGUUCUGCCGUCUCAUUUCGCAAGGUCGCUACGCGGGAGACCAUCGUCUUUCAUCGGCCUCAUCCGAGCCCGAACAUCGCACCCAUUGUGCUGAGGAAAAUGGGGAAGAGAUUGACCAAGUGGUUUCAGUAUGGGCCGAAGACGUUUGUCGAGGAGAAAGGAGGAGAGUGA